UCUGGCUGUGCCGAGAUGGAGCUGCCCCUGCCAGGGCUGUGGCUGAAGAGGCUCUGGGUGCUCUUUCAGGUGGCCCUGCACGUGGCCAUGGGCAAAGUGCUCAUGACAUUGUUUCCUGGGAGAGUCAAGCAGGACAUCCUGGCCAUGAGCCAGAAGACGGGCAUGGCCAAGAACCCUCACUUCUCCCACGAGAACUGGAUCCCCACCUUCUUCAGUGCCCAGUAUUUCUGGUUUGUGCUGAAGGUCCGAUGGCAACGACUGGAGGACAAAACUGAGGAAGGGGGUCUGGCCCCAAACUGCCCCGUGGUCAGCCUGUCAGGACAGAGGUGCCACAUCUGGGACUUCAUGCAAGGCAACAGGCCACUAGUGCUAAAUUUCGGAAGUUGCACCUGACCUUCAUUUAUUUUCAAAUUUGACCAAUUCAAGAGACUUAUUGAAGAUUUUAGUUCCAUAGCAGAUUUUCUCAUCAUUUACAUUGAAGAAGCACAUGCAUCAGAUGGCUGGGCUUUUAAGAACAACGUGGACAUCAAGAAUCACCAGAAUCUCCAGGACCGCUUGCGGGCAGCCCACCUGCUGCUGGACAGGAGCCCCCAGUGCCCCGUGGUGGUGGACACAAUGAAGAACCAGAGCAGUCGGCUCUACGCGGCGCUGCCCGAGAGGCUCUAUGUGCUCCAGGCGGGCAGGAUCCUGUACAAGGGUAAACCUGGCCCCUGGAACUACCACCCAGAAGAAGUUCGUGCUGUUCUGGAAAAGCUCCACAGUUAAUCUGGACAGAUGCC